AUGGCUGUCGGCGUCGCUUCCAAACUCCUCGAUGCGCCCUUCUCGCACGUGAUCAACGGCAAGACCGUUGACACUAACGGCGCCAAGAUGCUCGAUGUCAUCGACCCCGCCACCGAGAAGGUCGUCGCCCAGGUGCCCAUCGCCACUAAGGAGACCGUCGACCAGGCUGUCGAUGCUGCUCGCGCCGCUUUCGCUUCGUGGUCCAAGACCUCGUGGGACGAGCGAGCCAAGCUGCUCGAGCAGUACGGUGAGGAGUUCAAGGCCAUGGGCCCUGAGCUCGUCAAGCUACUCACUGCCGAGCAGGGCAAAGCGCACCAGUUCGCUGAGCACGAGGUGCAGAGCAGUCUGCCUUGGUUCACUGACCUGGCCAAGACUCGCCUCGACGAGAGGGUCGUCCACGAGAACGACACGCACAAGGCGAUCGAGAGGUACCUCCCUCUCGGCGUGUGUGCCGGCAUCGUCCCCUGGAACUUCCCUAUCCUGCUCAUGAUCUGGAAGAUCUCGCAGGCCGUGAUCACCGGUAACUGUAUCAUCAUCAAGCCUUCGCCCUUUACGCCUCUCUGUGACAUUCGAAUCGUCGAGGCUGCUCAGAAGUUCUUCCCCGCCGGUGUCGUCCAGAUUGUCGUCGGUGACGACCACCUCGGACCUUGGAUCACCGAGCAUCCCAAGAUCCAGAAGAUCUCCUUCACCGGCAGCACCGUGACCGGUCGUCUUGUGGCCAAGAGCUGCUCCGCCACCCUCAAGCGAUUCACCCUCGAGCUGGGAGGCAACGACCCCUGUGUCGUGCUGCCCAAGCAGAACAACAUGGCCGAGGCUGCUCAGAAUGUUCUGCUCAGCGCCUUCUUCAACUCGGGCCAGGUCUGUAUCGCCGCUAAGCGCAUCUACGUCCACGAGGACAUCUAUGACGAAUUCAAGGCGACCCUUGCCAAGGUCGUCCAGAACUUCAAGGUCGGCCCCGGUAACGAGGAGGGCGUCACCUUUGGCCCCAUCAACAACAAGAUGCAGUACGAGAAGGUCGGCGAGUUCUUCGACGAGGCAAAAAAGGGCAACUUCAAUUUUGUCACAGGUGGUGAGACUGAGAAGAAGCUGGGCUACUUCUACCCUCUCAGCAUCGUCGACAACCCUCCCGAGGACAGCCGACUGGUUCAGGAGGAGCCCUUCGGUCCCAUCGUGCCGCUGCUCAAGUGGAAGGAUGAGGCCGACCUCCUCAAGCGUGUCAAUGACUCCGAAUGGGGGCUUGGGUCGACUAUCUGGGGCGAUGAUCUCGAGCAGGCUGAGCGCAUCGCUCGUCAAAUCGAGACGGGAACGGUUUGGGUAGGAUGCAUGGUGCAUCACCACCCUGCUGUUCCUUUCGGCGGCAUGAAGAGCUCCGGUAUUGGCGCCGAGCACGGUAGGGCCGGACUGACCGCCUAUACCCAGCUGCAGGCAAUCUGGCUGCCCAAGGCCUGA